AUGUCAAAAGCAAGCAUAGAUUUCAUUUCAGACGUGGCAGUUUUCCAGUUACACUGCAGAGCCCAUGAAGUGUAUGAAGGAUGUAUCCUGAAGAGAACAACCCAGUUACAUCUGCCCUGGGGAAAAUCAGCUUUGAGAGGAUUUGCUGGGGAAGCUCUCCAACUGAGAUAAUUGCAGAUCUCUUCUCACUUCAGGAAGUUCUACAACUUGACAGAACUGUCUUGGGAACUAUGGAACACAUCAGACAAAAAAUACAAGAAACAUCCAGACUUCCCAAAGAAGCCCCUGACUGCUUACAUCCGCUAUUUCAAGGAGAUGCGGCCCCACUACUCCCAAAAGUACCCCAACCUCAGCAACCAAGAGCUGAGCAAAUUCCUAGCUGGGAAAUACAAGCAGCUUCCAGAGCACAUGAAGCAGAAAUACUUUCAGGAUUUCCAGAGGGAGAAGCAGGAAUAUGAGGAAAAACUGGCUCGGUUCAAGGAAGAUCACCCUGACCUGGUCCAGGACUCCAAGAAAUCUGUUUUCUUCAAGAAGGGCCAAGCCCAGGCCCCCAGGAAGUCUCAGGGAAAUGGGAAACGUGUGAGGUCUCCUCCAGAGAGGUAUGGAUUGUCCAGGAAGGUGGUAUUCCUUGGAGAGCCCAAGAAGCCCCCUAUGAACGCAUACCACAAAUUCCACCAAGAUUUGUGGUGCAGUCCGGAGCUGCGAAGCCUGCACCCGAGGGAGCGCAUGGUGGAGGUCAGCAGGCGCUGGCAGCGUGUUCCACAAAGCCAGAGGGAGCACUUUGCCAGACAGGCGGAGGAGCUGCAGAGACAGUACAAGGUGAACCUGGACCUCUGGCUGCAGAGUUUGUCCCCUGAGGAAUAUGCUGUCUACAAAGAAGCCAACUAUGGCAAGGGCAGGAAUAUGCGCAUGACCGGGGGCCCAAACCCGAACUUCAGACAGGGGUAUCUGCAGCCCACAUCAAUAAGGAGUUCCCAAGAAGCACCUGUAGAAAAGCAGAUGAUGCAGGAUCUCGGGAAAGAUCGCUCAGAGCACAUUGAGGUCGAUUCUCCUCCCUCACAGCAAGUAGACGUGGAUGUGGAGGAAGAUGAAGACGAGGAUGAAGGCAGUCACUCUUCAGACUCUGUCAGUGAGGAUGAAGAUGAGGCUGCAGGGAAGAUGGGGAUGAGUGAGGAUGCUGUGUGCGGCUCAUCUUCCUCAGACUCCGACUGA